AUGAAACGUUUUUUCAAGUCUAUGGCAGUUGUCGGUGUCAGCGCCAGUGGCUCCUAUUCUCGUCGUGGGUCUGCAUUUUCAACUAAAUCACAAGAAACUGCGGUUAAUUUAACAGAUAUCAACCUCCAUCUGUCUGAAAAGCCAAAUGAAGGGAAUGAUGAAGAAGAGUACGAAGGUGAUGGCGGAAAGAUGGAUCUGGAUGCGGUUCUUGGUGAUGAAAAUAAUAAUGAACACGAGUAUGACCAUGAUUAUUCCGAUAAAGAACAAGACCAAGAAAGCCAAAAUAACUAUUAUGCGACCCACGACGCCAUGUUAACUACAGAGAUGGAAUUGGAGCUUCAUCGCCAUCGUGAGGAAAAGAGCAUGAAACGUCAGACAGUCCGACGUCUACAACAUCUGCAUCAACUCCGUUGUCAAGGUUUACUUUCAGACGGGGACAAUAGUCUGUUGCUUAAAAAUAAUAGUGACAGUAUGGUUGAUCAUGUGUCGUCGCCUUUGAUCGAACAGCAACAAGAGCAUCUUCAUCGCCUUUCACCGAUUCAACUACCAGAGAUUUUGCAUCUUAUUUUCCAGUUUGUGGUGGAUUUUACUCCACAAGAGGAAUAUUCACAGCGCGAGAUCUAUAACUGUAUGCUGGUCUCAAAACAAUGGUACUUGGUUGCACAGAAGACAUUGUGGCACGAGAUUCGAUUCAAAACCCCUACCAAAUUGGGAUGUUUUAUCGAUCUAUUGAAGCGGACAGAGGGAAAAGGAGGAGUAAGUCCAGAGAAGACCAAUUACUCGGUACAACAACAACAAAUCCAGCUAACAGAGAUUGAUGAUAAGGAUCGUAUACGGCAGCAGCAGGGCACCCAUAGACGGCAGAGACACGAAAGCAUCCAAUAUAGACAGAAGCAUCAGCUAACAGAAUCAAUCAUGGCUCCUGAAGCGAUGCAAAGGCGCCUUCACGAGCGAGCUAUGGCAGUUAAGAAGAUUGUGUUGCACAAGCUGAAGUUGAUUGAAGAUCAGGAUAUCAUGCCUCUGACUAGCUGGUUCCAUAAUCUUCAGAUUCUGGAAUUUUACAUAUGUGAGAAACUGACGGAUGUGACUGUGGCGGCCAUAGCUGAAAACUGUCCAAGACUUCAGCAAUUGCUGAUGCCCGGAUGUGCUAAAGUGACGGAUCAAGGGAUAAGUCAGAUUGCGUUACAUUGCCCUCGAAUGAAACACUUGGAUUUGCGUGCAUGUUCAAAUGUGUCGGAUGAAUCGCUAGUUCUGGUAGCGAGACAUUGUUCUGAGCUCUGGCACUUGAACGUAGGACGAGUGAGUGCGGCUUCAAAAGUGACAGGAAAAAGCAUCGUGGAGAUUGCGAAGAACACAAACUUGAACACCUUAGGAUUGGCAGGGUGUGCUAUGACAGACGAUGCAGUUAUUGACAUUGCACGUUACUCACGCUCUGGCCUUCACCGCAUCUCGCUCAAUAGUUGUCCCAUGCUGACAAGUGCAUCAGUCCGUGCGUUGAUGCAGCUUUGUCCAAACUUGGCAGUCCUCGAGAUCAAACAGUGCCUGCUGGUAACAGAUAUGGCAACACUCUACCGCUUUUCUACCCGUCGUGUACUUGUGGAGCUGUGCCCUGAACUCCAGAAGCGAUUUCUGGAGUACAAAGUUGGGGUUGUAACGAUGAAUACCUCUGCCCAAUUCAACAACAUUCAUCCGUCAGUUUCAUCAACACAACAAGCUCAAGGGCCAAACGGUCAAGACAGCAUGAGCAGCGCGCAAACGACUGCUACCAUGACAACGGUGGCUGAUAACAAUGGCAGCAACAUCAAUAGUAACAAUAACAAUAAUAGCAGCAUUAUGAUUGCUAAUGAUAAUGUCUCCAUGAUACAGCCGACAACUACAACUGUCGCAUCUCAUCCAUGA